AUGCCGCCAGACAUAGUACAUGUCCUCCUCCGAGUGGCCAACGCCAAGUUCUAUGAUGAGAUACCUGAAUCUCUCAUCGAAUGGAUCAAGAAACAACGCGUGUUUUGGGUGGCUUCGGCUCCCCUGAGUCCUGAUGGUCAUGUAAAUCUCUCCGCCAAGGGCACAGCAGAUAGUUUCCAUGUCGUGAACUCUCACCGAGUUUGGUAUCAAGAUUUGACCAAGAGCGGAAUGGAAACAAUAUCCCAUAUCAGGGAGAAUGGUCGCAUAACGAUCCUGUUCAGUGCCUUUGAGGGACCUCCGAAAUUGUUUGGGAUCGGAACUGUAUACGAAUGUGGCACAGAAGAAUACGAAUCUCUUAUUUCUCCUGAGAUUAGGAAGCCGGGCUCUUGUGCUGUUAUCGUUAUCGAUGUGUAUCAGUGUCAAACGUCAUGUGGAUAUGCUGUUCCACUCUAUGACUUCGUUGCCCGUCGCACCGAACUCCUCCGAGUGGUUGAUACGGAAAAGUCAACCGACCGCGCUUCAGACCCAGAGGCCCGUCAGAAAGGUCUCAAAGCAUAUUCGGCACGACAGAACUUGGGAAGCGUGAAUGACCUGCCUGGUCUACUCACAACGCCAGAUUCCAAAGUAACGUUUAUCAAUAAUUUUGACAAGGAAGGUCAAAGACCGAAGUUGCGAUAUUCAUCUUCGAGAGCGGCAAGCUCCCAUAAGCUAAGCAGUGGUGCAAAUUUAGCCGUCGGUUUUACCCUUGGUGCCUUGGUCGCUACUGUCGUUCCUUACAUCCUAUCUGCUACCGAUAUGUUCACCACCCGAGCUUAAUGCGUGCCCAUAUACAUAGUACUUACUCCCCUAAAGCUUUACCUUCCGUGUAUGUACUCGCUAAUUCCUCCCGAGUUUCGUAUCAGG